UUGCCCUUGACCUCCAUCGUGUCCUCGCGUUCCGCUCGUCUCACAUCUCAGCCUAUCGCCUCCUUUCUUGCGUUGAUCUUUCACCGAGAGAUACCAUUCUACUCAACGCGUUUUUUGUCUAAAUAUACUCUCUAUCGGACCUGUUACCCGGGGGAGCUCUCACGCAACGUUUUUGCAACCGAACCAUGGCUCUUCUGCAACGUCAGCCCACAACGGCGUCAGAAUCCGCACGCUGGACUCGCGACUCAAACCCUCUUUAUAUGGACCUCGUCCAAGGACGACUGCUGACGCCCAAAAAGACCCACACGCGUGGACCCUUGACAUCAGGCAAUCGGGCUCGCAACGACGGCAGCGGCAUAGACGACGAUAUCCCCGUUUCUUCAGUCGGCAACUCAGGCCCCCUACCUCACAUCGCAGAGCGAACUCAAUCUCCUUCCUCUCUCCCAAGCGCCCUCUUCUCCCGAACUCAAUCUGGUUCCUCCACCUCUUCCGCAGCAUCACCGUUGGUGCGCAAGUCGCCGUCGCCUCUGAAACGGAAUCUGCGCUUCAGUAGAGGACCAGGAUCACCCGCGCCCCGCCCGGUUCUCGGUCGACGUUUCUCGGAUGCUCUGAGCGUGGAAGUGGACGCGGAUCUAGACGAUCUCGGGCCGAUUCUGGGCGCUCUUUCUCUGUCUCGCGAUGACGACCACGCUGACGACGAAGAAGAAAUACACUCGGUAUCUCCAGCCCCAGGACGCGCGUACCUGUUUCGCAUAUCUCAGUCCACGGCCACUGCUUCUCCUCUUCGUACUACUACUAACAGUAACACUCGCGGAGGUGAUCAGCAAGAGAACUCGUGCGCCCUAUCUCUGCCUUCUCCCGCCACGGCCAAAGUCAAGCCCGGCUGCGGUCCUCUGCCGUCGAACAAUGCCCGCGGGCUGCUCUUGCCCAACAAGUCCAACUUCGCUGCGCCGGGUGGUAAUAUGGCCCCUCGGACGGAUGAUCUACCUCUGGACCUCUGGCUGCUCCUGGAUGACCUCGCACCGGCGAUCCGGACUCACGUUGGCCUCGAGACCGACCCUGUUGAUGUACGGCUACCGGAAACCGACGCUCGUCAACCUAACCUGGAAGCCUCGAUCGAACCGUCUGAUCCUGUCUCUGAACCUCCGCGUUGCGCCGCUGCUCUGAUACCACCCAAGGAGGAGGAGGAGGACGAGGAGGAAUCUGCGCGGUUCGAUACAGGCUUGGCCGGGCAGACCGACUCCCGAGCCUGCUUUGCGCGCCCGUGGGACGCGUUCGACAGCAGCUACACCUUGUCCGCGCUCAGCGUCUGCGGCAGCUCGGACUCGAUCUCCGCCUCGUCGCCACUCACGUUCUCGGUCCGGCUUCCCCCCGUCGCCGAAGUGGACGGCGAGGGAGAGGCGGAGGUGGCUGGGAGCGACGGUGCGGAAACGCCGGCGGAGGACGAGAAGGAGCAGGGGCAGGGGCAGGGGCAGACGCCGCGCCGGACCAGGACGCUGGUCGCCAUGCGGCGCAGUGCCGGGAGCCGCGGCGGCCCGGAUGCGGUCGAGCCGGACCGUGGCCAUGACCGUGCAGAUGCGGAGGGCGCGGUGCGGGCGACAGCAGCGAGGCGCGCGAAGCACUUCUCCGCCCCGGGGCUCUCGAGCACGGUCAUGUAUGGCUCGCCGCCGGCGACCCCGCGCCGCGCGACGCUGGAUCCCGUACCUGAAGAGCAAGAAGAAGACGACGAAGGCGCCGCGCGUCGUCGACGGGCGGGGUCGGUCCGGAAGCGCGAGAGCGUUGGGGUGCUCAUUGGCCAGCUCAUGCUCGACGACGACCCGCCGCCGUUUGACUCGCGUGGCCACCUCCGGUGUCAGGCUGUGGCUGCGGCGGCGGAGGGUACGCAGACGCAGGACAGCCUGCCAGCGUUGGCAGUGCACGGUUCGCGCCCUAGUUCCCCGGCCGAAGAUCUUGAAGAAGCACCAGGUACAGUGGAGGAGAGGGAAGGCGGACAGGAGAAGGGUAUGACAGCAUACCCGUCGAUCAUCCUGGAGAUCAUCGAGGAGCUGGCCCAGGAGGCCGAAGACUGGCGGGUCAGCCGAUGGGACUUCUGA